AUGGCAGUAUCGGACGUCUGCCAGUAUGUCGGUGAUCCAAUGCCAGACAUCGCCGGCAUUGGUAUUCUCGUGGGCUUUGCUGGCCAGGCUUUCCUCUCGCUCUUCCUCGCUUGCUGGGUAUUUUUUCUGACACGGCAUGGCCGACUCGGAACGCCACACACUGUGAAGUCCGACAAGCACGCCGUCGAGAAGAAACGGCUGGAAAUGGUCGAGGAAAUCUUGAUGAUUGGCAACGACAUGCAAAUGGCAAUUGGCAUCGCCCUGAUGAUAACUACGUUUACUGUGGUCAAAACAAUCGAUAUCUAUCAUUUGCGCCUCAUCUACGAUACAGUCAGCUUUGUAGGCGUUUCCAAUGUUGCAGCUCUCGUCUGCUACACGUUCUGUGCGGCCAAAAGAGCCGAGUUUCACGAAAGCAACAUCAACAACAACAAAGCCACUUCUUCCCCUUCAUCUGGCUUCCUUCAUGGCCUCACGCUGGUACUUCGAGACGACGGCAAGAAUCCCAUCUGGCGCAAGUUCAUAAAGUCAGGCCGCUACCGCGUGACCUACGCCUUUGCCGUCUUAUUCUUUGCUCUGGCCGUUCUUCUGAACAAUAAGCUGGGGCACUGGGACCUGGCCACACCCGGCCGCUGCUACAAUACAGCCGCCACUAGUUCACCAGGGGCUCAUCACCCGAGUUCUGACCGUGCAUACGUAUGGAUCACUUGCGUCUGGAUGCUCGCCGUCAUGCUCUUCUCCGUCUUUGAAGGGGGGGCUGACAAAGGCGAGACGGAGGGCUCGGAAAACAACUGGGAUUUUGGACAGACCACCGCUGUCCUCCUACUCUUUGUGGCCGUGGCUGAGUUCUUCCGCAAGGGCUAUGGCCUGUACAAGUUUGAGAAGAAUCUGAGGAAACGGCGCCGGUUGGCAGAAGACGGCGAAGUUUCGGAUGAUCACGAGCUCCUCAAAAUCUCCAGCUCGAAAACGGGCAAGCAGCCGCAGCACUGCAGACAGGGAGGGGACUGCCCGGUCGUGAAGACUAUUUCGAUAUCGAAACAGCAGAGAAGGCCUAGUAAAGGGCGCGAUGUUGAGGCAGGCUGA